CUGCUGCUUAGCCGGGCUGCGGCUGCGGGCUUCUGUAGGAGGCCGUGCUGCCUGACAGCCAAGGACUGCCUGACGUGCUGCUCUGGGAAUUAAGUGAAGAAUGCGAGACCUAACGGCUCAGGUAACGAGCAGUCUGCUGCAGUUUCCAGAGGUGACUGUUGAGGCACUUGGGGAAGAUGAGAUCACCCUAGACUCUGCACUGUGUGGGAAGUUUUCUGGAGGCAGAAGCGGCCUGGCGUGGCUGGCGUGCGGGCCCCAGCUGGAGGUGGUGAACUCGGUGAGCGGAGAGCGGCUCUCUGCGUAUCGCUUCAGCGGAGUGAACGAGCAGCCUCCCACCGUCCGCGUGGUGAAGGAGUUCUCUUGGCAGAAGAGGACUGGACUCCUGGUUGGGUUGGAGGAAACAGAGGGAAGCGUUCUCUGUCUGUACGACCUUGGGAUCUCAAGAGUGGUUAAAGCAGUUGUUCUUCCAGGAAGGAAUGAGGAAAAAGCAGUGCAUAGCAUAGUGGAAAAAUAUGUCAUUUCAGGAGCUUCAACAUGGAAUAUUGUUGGAAUACUCUUUGAAGAACUAGUAAAGAUUCAUUUUAAUACAGUUGUACAAUGA